AAUUUCAGUCCAGAAUCAGAUCAUGCAACGCGCGCUGAGGAUUCAUUUCAGACUCUUGUUUUCUUUUGUUGAGUCUGAGAGCGUACCGCGAUAACCCGAGCACUAUGCUGCAUAAGAAACCCUAACCCUAGAAAUCGUCGGCGACAGCAUAUGGACGCAAAGGACAUACUCGGCCUUCCGAAGUCUUUCCCCGGCACGCAGGAGAAGAAGCCUCGGCAGCAGAAAGAGCCUCAGAGGAAGCCCGAUGGCAUAUCACGCGAGGUUUACGCGCUUACAGGGGGAAUAGCGCCUCUCAUGCCGACGAUAGAGGUUUCUCACUUGAAGCGGCGACCGGUUGCGGAUAAGGAGAAGAUCACAUGGCAAUGGCUUCCAUUUACCAACUCUGCACGUACAGAUAACUUAAUGCUUUAUCAUUGGGUGAGGGUAGUCAAUGGGGUUCCUCCUACUGGUGAUUAUCAAUUCGCUAAGUACAACAAGUCAGUUGACGUUGUCAAAUAUACAGAUGAGGAAUAUGAAAAGUAUCUUACUGAUUCUAUGUGGACUAAGGAGGAAACUGAUCAUUUGUUUGACAUGUGUGAACGGUUUGAUCUUCGCUUUAUAGUAAUAGCUGAUAGAUUCCCUACUUCUCGAACUGUGGAGGAACUUAAGAGUCGCUACUACUCUGUAUCUCGAGCACUUUUGAUUGCUAGAGCACCAUCCGUUGCUGAUGUUGCUGGACACCCCCUUGUGAAGGAACCUUAUGAUAUGGCAUAUGAGAUGGAAAGGAAGCGUGCACUGUCUGCAGUUUUAUCUCGAACAAAACAGCAAGAGAUUAAGGAUACUGAGAUCCUUUCUGAAGCUAAACGCAUAAUGGAGUCGCGCAUUGCUAGUAAAGGUGUUGAAAAUGUUGAUCUGCCGGAUGACCACACUGAUAUUGAAAUAAUAGAGAAAGGUACCCAUGUUGAAUCUCCAUCACCAUCCUCUAACAUGCAUCCAUCAUCUACUGCUGUACCUUCGGCAGCAAUAACCGAGAAUGCUUCAACUCCAGCUUCACUACGCAUGCUUCGUGUAUACUUGAGAACACAUGCACUUGACCAAAUGGUGCAAGCAGCUAGUUCAAAUGCUGGACCUAGAACCAUCAAAAGGGUUGAGCAAACCUUGUCAGAUCUUGGGGUACACAUAAAACCAAAAGUUCCAACUAAAGCAGUAUGUGCAGAGCAUCUUGAAUUACGUAAAGAAAUACUUACACUAUUCAACCUACAGAAGCAGCUACAGAAUAAAGAGGCUGAAGCUUCUGCAACUCGUGACACUUCUUUCACUGAGGCACCUGGCACUCCUAAGCGUUCAUAUCGUGGAGAUGCAGAUCGGCCAUUUGUAUCUGAAGCAGUUGGGUUUGGAGGAGAAAGAAUGGGCAAAAGGGACCAGAAACGCAAGGCUCCUGGAAGAUUUAUGGAUGCGCCACCAUCACCACCCCAGUCUAAAAGACCAAGAAAGUUGAAGGCUUCUGAUGGCUAAUUUCUAAGCCUAGAAAACCAUAACUCUUACAUUUUCUUCUGUGUACCUGUGCCAUAAUCUAGGGAUCCUUUUUACCAUUGAUGUACUUAGAAAAUCAACUGUACUUUCUAAAUCUGUAGUAUUUAUGUUAUAACAACCUAAAAGCACCUAGCAUAAUAAGUAAAGCAUUGGAGUACUAUUAGAAAUGCA